AUGCUCGGAGUAGACGAGCUUGUGGCUGUCGCUCUCUGUGGAGUCGUGUGGGCUACCGUCUUCUGCGAAUUUUUGAGGACCUCUGAUGUUGCUUCGCCUUUGUCACAGCAGAUUGCGUCCAUAUAUAGUCAAUUCGCAGACGGCCGUGACCAGAACGGGCUUUUCCUGACGCAUAUUUACCUAGCACUCGGACUGGCGUUGCCGUUUGUUUCGACGCCGGUGAUCAGAGGCUUACCGGUUUCUUCGCGGCAUCUCCUAGGAUUGUUUCUAGUUGGAAUCGGAGACGCUGCCGCAGCUGUUACCGGAGCUCUAUUUGGAAAACGACGUUUACCGCUGAGCGGCAGCAAAACGAUUGCCGGCGUCAUGGGUUUCAUUGCCGGUUCCUUGACAGUGGCAACGCUAGAGCCACUGGGCUUAAUUGGAGUCCAGCAACAUGGCUGGGAAUCAGGCGUAUCGUACGGAGCGGCAUUCGGCGCAAUCGCAUUCGGUGCACUGUUCGAGGCUUACACGUCGGAUAUUGAUAAUUUAACCCUUCCGCUUUUUGGAGUUAUUGUCUACGACAACGUGUCUGAGGUGCUUCGACGCAUACGGUGA